AUGCUUCUCCCAAAGGGCGGAUUGCAGUGGAAGACUGCCAGGGCUCGUGCGCCCCAGAUAAGAGUGCUAUGGAACACGGUCAGCAAGCCGCGUUUCCUCCUCUUCUGCGCCGUUUUUGGCAUCAUUGCCCUGCUAUGGCGUGGCAUCUCCAGCUCAGCAUCCGAGAUGCAGAGCUUCUACUGCUGGGGACCUGCCAAGUCGCCGCUGGACAUGACCCAAAACGAAUACUCGCGAUGGAACGCCCACAUGCAGACGCCCGUCAUCUUCAACCGCCACAAGCCCCUCAAGGUCGACUCAUCCACCAUCGAGCACGUCGACCUGAACCCCAUCAAGUCGACACACAAGGCCGUCAUCAACGAGGAGAAGAUUCUCAUCCUCACCCCCGUCAAGGACGCCUCGCCCUACCUGUCCAAGUACUUUGAGCUCCUGGUCGAGCUCACCUACCCGCACCACCUCAUCGACCUUGGUUUCCUCGUCUCCGACUCGAGCGACGACACCCUCGCUGUCCUUGCCUCCGAGCUCGACCGUAUUCAGAAGCGACCGGAUAACAUCCCCUUCAACAGUGCCACCAUUGUCGAGAAGGACUUCCACUUCAUCCUUCCCAACGACGUUGAGCAGCGUCAUGCUUUCCCUGCCCAAGGACCUCGGCGCAAGGCCCUGGGCCAGGCCAGGAACUACCUGCUCUCGACCACCCUUAAGCCGGACCACUCGUGGGUCUACUGGCGUGAUGUCGACAUUGUCGACAGCCCCGACAGGAUCCUCGAGGAUCUUAUUGCUCACGACAAGGACAUCGUUGUGCCCAACAUCUGGUUCCACCGCUACGAAAAUGGCGUCGACAUUGAGGGACGAUUCGACUACAACUCUUGGGUCGAAACGGAGCAGAGCCGCAAAUUGACGGCCAACCUUGACAAGGAUGUCAUCCUCGCCGAAGGGUAUCCCGAGUACUACGACACUGGUCGCACAUACAUGGCCAAGAUGGGCGACUGGCGCGACGAUCCCAACGAAGAGAUCGAACUUGACGGAGUUGGUGGUGUCAGCAUUCUCGUCAAAGCUGACGUCCAUCGUUCAGGCAUCAACUUCCCCUGCUACGCUUUCGAGAACCAGGCGGAGACUGAAGGCUUCGCCAAGAUGGCCAAGCGCGCUGGCUAUUCAGUUGUCGGUCUCCCUAACUAUGUUGUCUGGCACAUCGACACGGAUGAGAAGCCCCGGUAA